AGCCCAGCACCUAAAUGUAAUGCAGCAUUAAUUCAUGUUUCUUACACCUUUGCUUUUCCUGGCUGAAGUGUCAACAUGUCUGUGGUGAAAAGGCCUGUUACUGUACUAAUGAUGUUAAAGUUGUUAUUGUGUGGUUUAUACAAUUAUGCCUGGCCCCAAAAAUUAUAUAAUACAUAAGAAAAAUAGAAAAUACAUAAUAUCUGUUGACGUUAUUUUAAAUGCCAGUGUCCAAUGUUGCCUUCACUGCUAUUUUUCACCUGGAGUUUGUACCGGUAACAUGUUGCCUUUGGCUUAAAGCAGAAACUAAUUGGUAUUUUUUUGAAAAGUCAAACUUGCUAUAAAUCACUUUAUGGAGUUGUAUGUAUUCCUUAAGGUCACCAAGUACCGCCCCUGGUUCAAAGUACCAAGUAUUAACAAGUGGGUAAAAUCAUAUGGGUUAGAUAGCCUACGUGUAUGUUCAUUCAACUUGCAAACUUCUAAUUUCCGGUUGCACUUGAACACGUCUAGAGUCAGAAAUUCCCGCCAGUUGCGGCAAGAAAGUCACUUCAAGAACAAAAGAGCUGCUAGCUUUUUUAACUUAAAAGGGUAUUCUUUCUUCUGCCAGUAACUUAAUGUUAUCGCUGUGUACUAGUUCACAUGAACGAACAAGUUAAUUUGUAAACUUCAAUAAAGACAGUUUAAUUUAUUUUGUGAGCUGUUGAAAGGCAACAGAACUACGUGCUAGCAGCUAAUUUAACUAGCUUAAAAAGCCUUUGACCCAUACUACACUGAAAAUGAAAUCUGCAGGAGAUCAGGUUGUUGAAGAUGAUACUGGCUUCCAUGAUGAUGAGGAGUCCUUCUUCCAAGACAUUGACCUCCUACAGAAACAUGGGAUUAAUGUGGCAGACAUCAAAAAGCUGAAGUCAGUGGGUAUCUGCACUGUGAAGGGGAUCCAGAUGACUACGCGCAAGGCUCUGUGCAACAUCAAGGGCCUGUCAGAAGCGAAAGUGGAAAAAAUCAAAGAAGCUGCAGGGAAAAUGCUGAACGUUGGUUUCCAGACGGCCUUUGAGUACAGUGCGAAGAGGAAGCAGGUGUUCCACAUCACGACUGGGAGCCAGGAAUUUGAUAAACUUUUGGGUGGAGGUGUCGAGAGUAUGGCAAUCACCGAAGCAUUUGGAGAGUUCCGUACAGGAAAAACCCAGCUGUCUCACACACUUUGUGUUGCUGCUCAGCUGCCAGGCGAGGACGGCUACGCAGGCGGGAAAGUCAUUUUCAUUGACACAGAGAACACCUUUCGUCCAGACAGACUGAGAGACAUCGCUGACCGGUUUAAUGUGGACCACGAUGCUGUGCUGGACAAUGUGCUAUACGCCCGGGCCUACACCAGUGAACACCAGAUGGAGCUGUUGGACUUUGUUGCAGCCAAAUUCCAUGAGGAGAGAGGAGUGUUCAAACUGUUGAUCAUCGACUCCAUCAUGGCUCUGUUCAGAGUAGACUUCUCUGGUCGGGGGGAGCUGGCUGAGCGGCAGCAGAAACUGGCCCAGAUGCUCUCCAGACUGCAGAAGAUCUCUGAAGAGUACAAUGUAGCCGUGUUCAUCACCAACCAAAUGACCGCUGAUCCUGGAGCAGGAAUGACGUUUCAAGCUGAUCCCAAGAAGCCAAUUGGUGGGCACAUCCUGGCUCACGCCUCCACCACACGGAUCAGUUUGAGGAAGGGACGUGGAGAGAUGAGAAUUGCCAAAAUAUUUGACAGUCCCGACAUGCCUGAGAAUGAGGCCACUUUUGCCAUCUCUGCUGGAGGAGUUACUGAUGCCAAAGAGUGAAAGAGGAGGGAGGAGACACAGGUGUUAGCACAGUUUCCCUGUUGCCGUCACUUUAAAGUUAUGUAACGUAUUCGCAAUGAAUUUAUUUAUUGAAUUUUAAUAUAAUUUAUAUAACUUUAUAUAAUAUUUCAGUUACAUUGCCAAUCUUGUACUUUGAUGCUAUGGUUUUUUUUAAUUCUAUUUAUAGGCUUUGUUGUAUUUUCUGUGUUUCAGAAAUGUUAAUAUAAACAAAAAUAAUAAGAAAACAGUUUGUUAUGUUUUUUUAAUAGUUUUAAGGUUAUUUUUUAAUAGUCUACCCGCAGAUACAAGCUAAAAUGUAAAGGUAGGU